AUGGCGGAUCCUGUUGAUCCUGAUUAUUCUGAUUUAAUAGCAAGACAUUACAAUUACACCGGCAAAUACCGCAAAGUAGAGCCUGAUGCUAGAAUAAAGGCAGACUCUGUGGUGUUCAUCAUCGUCUGCUGUUUCAUCGUCAUGGAGAACGUCUUGGUUCUGCUCACCAUAUGGCGGACCAAGAAGUUCCACAAGCCCAUGUAUUAUUUCAUUGGGAACCUGGCCCUGUCCGACCUGCUGGCCGGCCUGGUGUACACGGCCAACAUCCUGUUGUCGGGGGCCAACACCUACAAGCUGAGCCCCACCCAGUGGUUCUUCAGGGAGGGCAGCAUGUUCGUGGCCCUGGCCGCCUCGGUCUUCAGCCUCCUUGCAAUCGCCAUCGAGCGCCACCUCACCAUGCUUCAGAUGAAGCUGCACAACCAGGGCAAGGCGCACCGCGUGUUCCUGCUGAUCAGCGCCGUGUGGAUGGUGGCGGCCCUGCUGGGAGGCCUCCCGGUCAUGGGCUGGAACUGCAUCAGCAGCAUGGAGACCUGCUCCACCGUGCUACCGCUCUACCACAAGACCUACAUCCUGUUCUGCACCAGCGUGUUCUCCAUCAUCCUGCUGGCCAUCGUGGUUCUGUACGCACGCAUCUACGCCCUGGUCCGAACCCGCAGCCGCAAGCUGGUGUUCCGCAAGGCGCCCAACGGCCGGGGCAGCAGCGGGGCCAACAGCAAGAGCUCGGAGAAGUCCAUGGCCCUGCUGAAGACAGUGAUCAUCGUGCUGAGCUGCUUCAUCGCCUGCUGGGCGCCGCUCUUCGUGCUGCUGCUGCUGGACGUGGCCUGCCACACUAAGGGCUGCCUCAUCCUGUACCAGGCCGAGUGGUUCCUGGCCCUGGCGGUCCUCAACUCUGCCAUGAACCCCCUUAUCUACACUCUGACCAGCAAGGAGAUGCGCAGAGCCUUCCUGAGCACCCUGCUGUGCUCCACCUCCUGCCUCCGGCCCACGGGCAAGGUGGCUCGGCCAAUCAUGGGAGCUGAAUUCAGCCGGAGCAAGUCGGAUAACUCUUCGCACCCCAAUAAGGACGACAUUGAGGGGCCCCUGAGGGACACGGCCGUGUCCACAGGCACCGACACCACCUCCUAGAACAGGACAGAACCGUGGCUACAUGCUACUGCAGGGGACCAGAGAGGCCGG